AUGAUGCCAAGUCUGAGCCCACAUUUACCAGUUCCAAGUCCAUCCUACUCUCAGGCGAGGGAGAACCUGGUGAGAGCCAUCCCACCCAAGCUCCUCUGUCUGCUGGCCUGUGGAGGAAAAGAUUGUCGCUAUGAGGGACCAGAAUGCUGGAAAUCAAACCAACAAGUCAUUCGAGGCAUUUUUUCCUCCUGGGUGACGGAUGAUAUUAUAGCAAUGGCUCGUCCAUCCAAUUAUCUAAUCAAGAAGUACAAUAUCAUAGAGCAAUUUCAGAGGUUGAAGAUUAAGUCGGUCAUCAACACGCAGCUUCCAGGAGAGCAUGCUCAUUGUGGACCUCCACUAGACCUUGAGAGUGGUUUCACAUACUCUCCGCAGACCUUCAUGGAAAAUAAAAUUUACUUUUACAACUUUGGGAUGCCAGAUUUUGGAGUGUCGUCUCUUGUUGGAAUCAUCGAUGGGGUGAAGGUUUUGGCCUUUGCAGUGAAGGAAGGACGUGUAGCUGUUCACUGUCAUGCUGGCCUGGGCAGGACAGGUGUCCUCAUAGCCUGUUACCUUAUCUACACCCUGCGUAUAAGUCCCAGUGAGGCAGUCCACUAUGUUCGCAUUAAAAGGCCCCGUUCUAUCCAGACCCGGUCACAGAUAAACCAGGUGUUUGACUUCGCUCGCCUGCUCGGCACGCAGCUCGCUCAGUAUCCAGACCUCAGCCUGCGCCACGGAGCCCCUUUUACUCUCCAGCAUUAUUUAAACCGACAAGCUCUGCUGCUUCAUGGCCAGGAGGCACGAAGACUCAGACAUACUCCCAAGGUGCUGUACCUCCUAUGUGUGCGCCUCUCCUGUCUGGCUCUGGGUCUGUCUUCUCCUCCAGAGGUCCAUGCUGAGCUGGAGAAGAGAACAGCUUUGAGGGCUCUGAGCAGAGCUGUGAGAGAGACUCUUGUGUCCAGGCAGUACUUGCCUUUGUUAAGUGAAGGCCGUAAAGGCUCUUGGACCGGCUCAGGGUCAGUGUCCUCCUGGGAUGAGCCUCUGGGGUUUUUAGAGAGGAAGCGUGAGUGUUUGCUGGAUAAACGCAGCUACAGUGAAUCCGAUGUUACCAGGAUCAGAGUUUAUGAGGACCAGGAGCCAAGCUCGUAUUGCAUUACAGCAUUUGGAGAUGAGAAGCACUGGUGCUUGCAGGAUCUGAUGUGGGAUGAUUCCAGAGUAGUUAAUCCAGUUUUUGGCACAUCACUGUAUCCCAAAAAACAAUUUUGCAUGUCCAACACCGAGGUGACAAACUUGAGAACAAGUAACAACAGCAUCAAAAUGUUUAAAAGCUCAAAUAAAAAAGAUUUUCUAAAAUGCAGCUCCAACCUGGAGUUACACAGAAACCUAAACAUCCCUGGCCCAACAUCGAUGGCCCGACCGGUAGCCAAAGCAAUGGCAGAACAAGGUCCUCCAGGUGAAACUGUUCUGCAGAGGUCAGCUCUGCUGCAGGAGGAACUAAAUAGCAGUGAAUGUGGCUGGGCCCUGCUGGUCACCGAGUCAGAUCCUCAUGUCCUUUCUUGUCUCUUGUGGACCUGGUUGGAAAGGUUAAGGGACCCUGUUUUGUCCAGUGAGGAUAUAGAAAAGUUAAAAAUGGGAAAGAACAAAAAGCCUCUCAGCGUCCUCAAGAAGCCACAAAGGCACACAAUCUAUUGUCUGUUGAAUUGUGUGAGCACAGUGUUCAGCCUUUGUCCACACAGAGAGGAUGCUGUCCUGCAUCGUCUUGCGUGUGCACUAACAAGGCGUCCUCAAGAGGAAUAUGGAGUCCUAAAUCCCUUGAUUAAAGUCCUGAAGGCCAGUUUGACAGAAAGCUUCCACACCCACAGACACAUUACGAGGGCCUGCAGCAUCAACGCUACCCUUUGA